CAAUCGUAUCGCCGGAUUUGGGAUGGGCUGGUUUGUUGACAGGAAGUGAGUAAGGAGGAAUCUCCACCGUACGAGCCUCUGUGACUGUAGUUUAGCUUGACAAACAGCGGUUUUCGUGUUCAGAUAUACCUCGGAGGUAAUGAGGACUUGGAUUAUGCACUUUAAGACCGACCUGGGGCAAAGAUGCAAUGGAGGUCAAUAGUAGUGGGUCUGGUGGUCCUGAGACUCUCUGUCAGCUGGGUUCUGUGGCUAGCCUUCGGGCUGGGACCUGAGAUUAGCUCCGGGUUCAACUUCCACCUCGGUUUUAAUUUGCACAAACUGGACUUGCUGUUCCGCGAGGAAAAGGAAGCCGACCCGAGCGCUGGCUCUUGGUCCCAAAGAAUCCAGGCUCACAGGUAUGACGAGACGGCGACCACCUGCGCAAAGAUCGGGGAGGAUUCCCCCAGGAGGUCCUACCUGAACCUCUUCGAUGGCAACAGGGAUGAGUACGUCCGGAGGUACAGAUCCUUCCCUGACACGCUGAGGGUGAAAAUGAAAGACAUGGCCAAAGAAAUGUUCUACUUUGGAUACGAGAACUACAUGAAAUAUGCCUUUCCAGAGGACGAGCUGAAUCCCAUUGAUUGUGAGGGGAGAGGUCCAGACGUGCUGAACCCGUCGAACAUCAAUAUUAACGACGUCUUGGGGAACUAUUCACUCACACUCAUUGACACCUUAGACACCCUGCUGGUGCUUGGCAACGUGACAGAGUUCCAGAGAGCCGUCAAACUGGUUAUAGAUACCGUGUCUUUUGACAAGGACUCAACUGUGCAAGUCUUCGAGGCUAACAUCAGGAUCCUUGGAAGCCUUAUCUCAGCACACAUUCUGCUGACUGACCCCAAGCACCCGUUCGGGGAGGUGGGCUUCAAAGAUUAUGACAAUGAACUUCUGCAUCUGGCUCACGACCUGGCUGUGCGCUUGCUUCCUGCUUUUGAGAACACAAGCACGGGCAUUCCUUUCCCCAGGGUGAACCUGAAGACGGGAGUCCCUCAGGACGGCAUCAAUGAGACGUGCACCGCAGGAGCCGGGUCCCUGCUGGUGGAGUUUGGCAUUCUGAGUCGCCUGAUCGGGGAUUCGACGUUCGAAUGGGUGGCGAGGCGAGCCGUCAGAGCUCUGUGGAAUCUGAGAAGCAACGAAACUGGACUGUUGGGAAAUGUCAUUAAUAUCCAAACAGGCCAGUGGGUUGACAAGCAGAGUGGGCUUGGAGCUGGAAUGGACUCUUUUUAUGAGUAUUUGCUGAAAUCUUACAUUCUAUUUGGUGAGAAAGAAGAUUACCGCAUGUUUAAGGCAGCUUAUGAGAGCAUUCAGAACCACCUGAGAAGAGGGCGCGAGUCUUGCAAUGAAGGUGAGGGUGACCCGCCUCUCUACGUUAAUGUGAACAUGUUUAGUGGUGAGAUUAUGAACACGUGGAUCGACUCCCUUCAGGCCUUCUUUCCUGGGCUGCAGGUGCUGAACGGGGAUAUCGAUGACGCCAUUUGCCUGCAUGCCUUCUACUAUGCCAUCUGGAAGCGCUUCGGGGCGCUGCCAGAGAGAUACAACUGGCAGCUCAAAGCUCCCGAUGUGUUAUUUUACCCUUUAAGACCAGAGCUGGUAGAGUCCACCUACCUGCUGUACCAGGCAACAAAAAAUCCUUUCUAUCUGCACGUUGGAAUGGAUAUUCUCCAGAGCCUUGAGACAAAUGCCAAAGUCAGAUGCGGAUAUGCCACACUCCACCAUGUUGUGGAUAAAUCCAAAGAGGAUCGCAUGGAGAGCUUUUUUCUCAGUGAAACCUGCAAAUACCUUUAUCUUCUAUUUGACGAGGACAACCCACUGCACAAAUCCGAUAACAAAUAUAUCUUCACUACAGAAGGUCAUGUUGUGCCUAUAGACAAGCGCUUCAGGGAGAAGCAGUGGAACGACUUGUCUCCAUGUGAAGAGGGAGCGCUGGCAGAAACGGAAACAAGCAACCAGCCGCCUCCGAGCAACAUCAGCAACUGUAACAGGAUCCCAGAGGAGCGUCGAUAUGCUCUGCCAUUAAAGAGUGUCUACAUGAGGCAGAUUGAUCAUAUGGUGGGAGUGUUUUGACGAAAAAGGACAGAUGUGGUUACACUUGUUUGAAAGGACUGGAGAGGAGGACUUCCUCAGUUCAGAGUCUUUGCACCAUCUAUUUCUCAGAUCUGGAUCUAGACAGGAAAUGGACAGUAAUGAAUCCUGAGAAGACGAGACUGUAUUAAAGAAAAAGGUUUUUGGUUUUAGAGAACGAUGCCAACAAAGGUGACAAGUCCAAGGUCAGGAGAAUUAGUUUUGAUUGUUAGUUUUUGUCUGAACUAAGAGGGUUUUAGACAAACUGAGAUGUCUGUUUGGGUAAACUUUGCACAUAUGUGUGUGACAGAGCUGAGAGUUUUGACAGAAAAGCAUCUGAUAAUAAGAUCAGUGCCAUUAACCUCACAUUAAUUCAGUGCAUAGCCUAUAAACAAAUGUGGACCUUUGAGCAAGCCACUCUAAACCUGAGAACCAGUGCCUCUUUAAGUUGAUAUACCUGAUUAGAUCAGUGCUAUUAUGUAAGGGCUGUGAGAUAAAACUCUUAAAAGAGCUGCUUUUCACUCCAGAUAUUUUUUAGUCAAACAGCAUUACUGCAAAACUCUGGUUUUUAAAACUAGAGAUGCACCAAUCAGAGUCUCAUGGCAGACUAAUAUAGAUUUUUAGCCAAUUCUAAUUUCUCUUUAAGAUUUAAAAAUAUAUAGGAACAAUGGUCUUUUUUCUAACUUUGUGCUAUGUGAAAUCAAAUUAUUUAUUUUCAGAGCAAAGGCAAUAUGACUGUGUUGUAAUGAGAGGGUAAUCUCUGUGUUCUCUUAGAGAACAUAGUUUCUUAUCUUAGUUGUUAGAUUUCCAUAAAGGUUGCACACAUUACUAAAUAUAGCUUGUUUCAUUACACGUUUGAAAGCUGAAGGGGACAAAAAGAGCAACUUUGCUGUACUCUGGUCAAGUUUCCUGCUGCCCCCCACGCAGCCUGAAUGAACAGCAGUCAUGUCUUAAUAAGUCAUGCAAAAUGCUUUGAUUUGAAAUGGCUCUUUACAUCUUUUAUACUUCCUCUGACUUCAAUUUUGAUCACCCGCUGAUAACAGUUAAACUUCUUCAAUCAGUAAUAGCAUGCACACAUCGGGAGAGCUCAGAAACGGAUCUGGUCACCAGUAAGUUCUCCAAAAUGUUCUACCAAGUUCUUGGUGCAUCUUUACUAAAAUGCUAAUGCAUAUCUGGGCAGAGACAGAAAGUCUGGGGAGUAAACUGCAUUUUUUUGCCUUUGACUCAUGUUUGACAAUACUGAGAAAAUACAAUAUUGAGAUAAUCAAAUGUUUGUCUUUCAAACUUUUAUUGACUCUAUGUCUUAGAAAGGGCUUUGUGCUCCCAUCAGAAUGAGGUUCAGGGCUGACUCUUUAAGUGCCUUCUAUUUGUCUUAGUAUUUCUGGAUGCUAUGUGGUGUAUAUUAGCCGUGGAUAACAUUUUUGAACAUAUUUUAUUGCCACUUUUGAUAUUGCACAAAUGUUUCAUUCCAUGUUUAUCUGCGGUUCUUUUAACCAUCACAAGCCAUAAAAUUUUAUUUUUUUUAUUUUUUUUUAAUUCUAAGUUUGUAUUGGUGACAAUUCUACUGCAUUGUUUAUGAUUUGUACUUGUACAGAAGAGACUGGAGCUGUUUCUUUUGGUGCACUUCAUACCUGUCAUGCGGUUAAAAACUCAGGGUUUAUUAGAAAUGCAAAAAUCAGUGAAUGCUUUUUUUGUAAGAAAUAAAAUUUGCAAUGUUGCCUACUA